CACUCAAAUAUUAUUGCACAAUUGCACAACAUUCCUUAGCCAAAGGGGCUGGGUGUUCCAAAUAGUUUUGGGCAAAACAUCAUUUAAUCAUACUCCUAAUAUGGCAAAAUAUCACAUCAGCUGUUUUUUUUCAACAAACAAAUGCUGGGCUUAUGUACUGGAAAUGACCACUUUUUAGAGAAGGUCAAAGUGUAACAUUAUGCUGGUGUUAGUUUUCUACACACUGCCUGUCUGUAGGCUUGCUCUGGCAAGACCAUGCAGACAUUAGGUCAUGUGGGAGUUUCAGAGAGCACAGAGUCUGAAUUGAGUAAUCCCUUCAUCUGUGCUAUAUGAGCUUGGCCUCUCUCUGUUCCAGUCAGAGAAAAGAGUUUCAGGCCUACAGCAUGAAGUUUUUAUUGCCUAGUCUGUUAGUCCUGCUCACCUCUGUGUUGCUUGCUAGGUGUGAUGCACCACUGAAUUGCAGAUGGGGACCUUAUGGAGACUGGUCGGAGUGUGAUGGCUGCACCAAAACACAGGUUCGAACGCGUUCAAUAGAAGUGUUCCCUCAGUUUGGAGGGAGUGCUUGUGUGGGAGAAGCCUUUCAAAGACAAGCCUGUGUGCCUAAGAAGAGCUGUCCCCUUGAAGUAGGCUGUGGAGAUCGGUUCCGCUGUACUUCUGGUCAGUGCAUCAAUCCUUCUCUGGUGUGUAAUGGAGAUCAGGACUGUGAGGAGGAUGGCCUUGAUGAGCAGCGAUGUACCCAAUCCAGCACUAUAGUGUGUAAUGUGCACAAGACUCCACCUAAUUCUGAUCUCACUGGAAAAGGGGUUGACAUAAUAAGAGGCAAGCUGAAAGCUGGUGUUAUUAACACAAUGAGCUUUGGCGGCCAGUGCAGGAAAGUGUUUAGUGGGGACCACAGAGACUUUUACAGACUCCCACAGAGUAUCCUCAGAUACAGCUUUCAGGUUGGUGUUCAGGAAGACUUUAGUGAAGAGUUCUACAACAGCUCCUGGUCCUAUAUCAAGCAUGUGGAGGAGAGAUAUAGAAUCAGAGGAGGUCAUGACCACAAAACCUUUCACAGUGAACUGAAGAAGGACAAGGGCUACCAUUUGUUGAUCAUUAAAAAUGAAGUGGAGGUAGCGCAGUUCCAAAAUAAUGUCCCUGAGUACCUCACCCUCUCUGAAGAGUUCUGGAAGGCUCUGUCAGCUCUGCCCAGCACCUAUGAGCCUGUGGCUUACCACUCCCUGCUGCAACUCUAUGGUACUCACUACAUAGCUGAGGGCUCCCUGGGUGGACAGUACCAGGCACUGCUGGAGUUUGACUCAAAUUUUUUAAGAAAGAUGAGUCAAACAGACACUGAUUUCCACCAGUGUAUUACACGUGUAAAGAGACGUCUGUUCCGAAAAAAGACCACAACAAAAUGUGAAAAACUCAUUCAGUCGAUUAAGAGCUCCACUGAACAAGGUAGUCAGACAAUGCCUGUGAAGACCCAUAUAAUUGGAGGCUAUGCUGCUUACGUGGCUGGUUUGAGCCAUCUGGAUCUGGAACACCCUGACCAUAACCAAGCAAUGUACUCCAAGUGGGCUGGCUCGGUGAAGGACUAUCCUCAAAUUAUCAAACAGAAGUUGAGACCUAUAUAUGAGCUGGUAAAGGAGGUACCAUGUGCAAGCCUGAAGAAGUUCCACCUAAAGAGGGCACUGGAGUCUUUCCUAGAAGAGCAGAGCCCCUGUCACUGCAGGCCAUGUCAGAACAACGGCACGCCUGUGCUGAGUAAUGGAGUGUGUACCUGUGCAUGCCGACCUGACACCAGCGGCACUGCCUGCCAGACUGGCCAUGUACUCGGGGAACAGCCCGGAGUGGUUCAUGGAGGUUGGGGUUGCUGGUCAGCCUGGGGGGCUUGUUCUCAUGGUCAGAAGUCAAGGACUCGCACAUGUAAUAAUCCCGAACCAAGAAAUGGAGGCAAGCAUUGUAUUGGUCCUUCUGUUGAGCAGAAAGCCUGUGAGGACCCAGAUCUUGACCACUUAAGAUUUAUGGAGCCACACUGCUUUGACCCCACUUUGACCCCAGUGAAGUCAUGCAAGUUUCCACCUCCCUUGAUAAAUGGAUUUGUUCUGAACCCCCAAAAUGUGUAUCCAGUGGGCAGUAAAAUUGAAUACUCCUGCAUUGAUGGAUAUUACCAUGUUGGAGACCCUAUUGCAGAAUGUACAGAGAUCCUAAACUGGAGGAGAGGAGCAGUAGAGUGUAGGAGGGCUUCAUGUGAUGCUCCACUUCUCCUGAGUCAAGUCAUUGCCACACCCCUGAAGCAGACCUACCUGAUAGGAGAAAGCAUGUCCCUGUCGUGCCCCAAUGGGAUGCAGCAGGAAGGAGAGCCAGAGAUCACCUGCCGUGCCAGCCUCACCUGGUCUCCAGCACCCAACAAUUUUAAAUGCAGUGCAGUGGUCCACACUCAGCCAAGUCUGGUGUGCAAGUCAUGGGAAAAACCUGGCAUGGGGCAGUGUGUGUGCAAAAUGCCAUAUGAAUGCCAACCCUCUCUGGAGGUAUGUGCCUCCGUGCGUCCUGGCCAGGCAAACAGAAUGGGCCUUUGUCAACUAGGAGCCCUGCAGUGUCUGGGGAAGACAUUCUCUCUGCUCCAGUACAAUGCAUGUAAUUGGCCAGAGACUAAAUUCACAUCCUGUCAAGACUGCCAGCCAUGGGAGGAAUGCGAUGGUUCGGAAUGUAAAUGUAAAGACCCAAAGGAAUGUUUAGAAGGCUCCGCCCAUCUCUGUGUCUCUGUGGAGAAUGGUGUACCCAAACCUAUGACGGAAUGUGAGGCAGGGGCCUGGAGAUGCUCAGGGAACGAGCUCAAAAUCAUUCACAUUGGAAACUGUCCGGCCAUAGGUAUUUCAGUGUAAUUAUAAGAUGAUUAUAAUUACAUGAUGAUGAUGAUGAUUAUAUUAAUAAGUAUAGAUUUUAUUUCCUGAUGUUGAUAAAAAAUGUGUAAUUGUGUAUAAAUAUUGUGCUGUAAUGAGUGUACAUAAACAUUUUGUUUUGUAUUUUCUAUUUCAAUUAUUAAAUGCAGAAAAACUGGUGAAAUGCAUUUGACCAGUGUUACACAUUUAGUUCAAAGCAAUUAAAUGUACAAAUUAUAUAUAUAUAUAUAUAUAUAU